CGUCGUUACCCUCCAGCUCCCCUUUAUGUUCCAAUCUGCUGCACUGACGUGAUAUAUCGGCACAAAGUGUUGCCAGCGUUCUGCUAACAAAUGUACUUUUUUUUGUUUUGUUUUGUUUUUUAAUGGCUGGGUGUUCUCCUCUGCUGCCAUGCCAUUGUGUAACUCUUGGUUGCUCUCCCCGAUUCCAUACGCGCCCGGGUCUCCGUGCGCUCGCUCGCUCUUGUUGCUCCUCUUCUUAGUUGGGAUGAUGAGUGCUUGUCUGGCUGUUGCUCGUCUCUUCUCGAGAGCCUGCCUCUUUUCGGCGCUGACAAGCUGCCAGUGGAUGUCGUUGUUUGCUCCACGCUGAGUGUCACUCCUUAAGAUGACCUCAGGCUCAGCCGAAGCACAACUAGUCCUUUUUCAUUCUUGAGACGGACAACAGGAGGGGGAAAUCACAGAGAUACUGACUUUGGGUCUCGCCGGUGCUGCUGACUCUUUUUGAACCGAAAUACAAUACAAAGCAAAAGAAAACAAAAAUUGUCCAUAUAAAUAUAUAUAUACAGUAUAUAUAUCAAGUAAAAAAAAGUGCAUUAAAACUGCCAGGCUGCUUAUUUACUUUUUUUAUUUUUUUCCUUUUCUUUGAGUUUGCAUUACUUUUCUGAAGAGCUGAUUGGGCUUAAAGAACCAUCCUGUCAUAUGAGGAGAUCUCUCUACCUCGUGACUGCUGUCGGAUUACAAUGCUGAAACUCUGGGAGGCUCUGGUCCGCUUCGCAGCGCUGUCGGUCUUGGUGGAGGGGGUCACUGGAGGAUAUGCCAUGAGCAUGUUCGCAGCCCAAACGUCUCCGCCGGACCCCUGCUACGACGAGAACGGCAACCCCAGAAGAUGCAUUCCAGAUUUUGUAAAUUCAGCUUUCGGCAAAGAGGUGCGUGUGUCCAGCACCUGCGGAAAGCCCCCCGGGAGAUACUGUGUGGUGACUGAGAAAGGCGAGGAGCGCUCCAGGAACUGUCACAUCUGCGACGCCGGGGACCCUAAAAAGUCUCACCCUCCCGCCUACCUGACGGACCUGAACAACCCGCACAACCUGACCUGCUGGCAGUCGGAGAACUAUAUCCAGUACCCACAGAAUGUCACCCUGACGUUGUCGCUUGGCAAGAAAUUCGAAGUGACCUACGUGAGCCUACAGUUCUGCUCGCCGCGGCCAGAAUCCAUGGCGAUUUACAAGUCCAUGGAUUACGGCAAGUCCUGGGUCCCGUUCCAGUUCUAUUCGACCCAGUGUCGCAAGAUGUACAAUAAACCAAAUAAGGCAACUAUUACCAAACAGAACGAGCAAGAAGCCAUCUGCACUGACUCGCACACCGACAUGCAUCCCCUGUCCGGUGGCCUGAUUGCUUUUAGCACGCUGGACGGACGACCCUCGGCUCACGACUUCGAUAACUCGCCAGUUCUUCAGGAUUGGGUUACCGCCACCGACAUCAAGGUGGCUUUUAAUCGACUGCAUACAUUCGGGGAUGAAAACGAGGACGACUCGGAGCUGGCCCGGGACUCGUACUUUUACGCCGUCUCCGACCUGCAGGUAGGCGGCCGCUGCAAAUGCAAUGGACACGCGUCCCGCUGCGUCAAGGAUCGCGACGGCAACCUGGUGUGCGAGUGUAAGCACAACACAGCGGGGCCGGAGUGUGACCGCUGCAAGCCCUUCCACUAUGACAGACCGUGGCAGCGGGCGACAGCCAGGGAGGCCAACGAGUGCGUGGCUUGCAACUGCAACCUGCAUGCCCGACGCUGUCGAUUUAACAUGGAGCUCUACAAGCUGUCUGGACGCAAGAGUGGAGGGGUCUGCCUGAACUGCCGCCACAACACCGCGGGUCGGCACUGCCACUACUGCAAGGAGGGCUACUACCGGGACAUGUCGAAGCAGAUCUCGCACCGCAAAGCCUGCAAAGCGUGUGAUUGCCACCCCGUGGGUGCAGCUGGCAAAACCUGCAACCAGACCACUGGCCAGUGUCCCUGCAAGGACGGUGUGACAGGAAUUACUUGCAACCGAUGUGCUAAAGGAUACCAGCAAAGCCGAUCGCCCAUUGCCCCUUGCAUAAAAAUCCCAGUUGCUCCUCCAACAACAACAGCAAGCAGCACAGAGGAACCAGCAGACUGCGAGUCCUACUGCAAGGCUUCUAAGGGCAAGGUGAAAAUAAAUAUGAAGAAAUACUGCAAGAAGGACUAUGCCCUACAGGUGCACGUCCUAAAAGCAGACAAAGCUGGCGAGUGGUGGAAGUUCACAGUGAACGUCAUCUCAGUCUACAAGCAAGGGGAUAACCGGAUACGACGAGGAGACCAGUUUCUCUGGGUGAGGUCCAAGGACGUGGCUUGCAAAUGUCCCAAAAUCAAACCUGGCAAGAAAUACCUUCUUCUGGGCAAUGACGAGGACUCCCCAGACCAGAGCGGAGUUGUGGCAGACAAGGGAAGCUUGGUGAUCCAGUGGAGGGACACGUGGGCUCGGAGGCUACGGAAGUUCCAGCAGAGGGAGAAAAAGGGAAAGUGCAAGAAGGCGUAAGGUGCAGAGGAGCGUGGUAUAUUAAAAAAAAAAUAUAUAUAUAUAUGACUAAAUGAACUGGGAGAACAAGAACGUCUGGGGAGGCAGAGGGUUAAGGGAAGAAAGACUGAGCACUGCUGCUUUUAGUAGAGGCACGAGGAGUUUAGUCCGACUUUAGCAAGUCUGUGAAGGAGCUCACUUUGUGGUUUGAAUUUUCUUUCAACUUUUUACUUUUGGAUUUGCCAAGUUUGCACCUAAUAUUUCAAAUAUAUAGUCUUGUGUAUGUGUGUGUGCAUGCGUGCGUGCGUGUGUGUUGGUAUGUGUGCGUGUGUGUGUGCGCGCUCAUGUGUGUAAGGAUUCCAUAUGUUUUGAACAGGAAUUUUAGUUUGGCCACCAAAUUUAGUUACUGUUGUGAUUUUUUUUUGAAAUUCCAGAAGCCAUUUGAAUCCGGCAUGCAAUAAGGGAAGAUGGCUUAGGUGCCUGCAACAUAUUUCAAAAUUACUGUUUAAUUUUUUUUUUGAAUGAAUGAACACCUGAUCACAGCAGCUCGAUCUUUUUUUGUUUUCUCUUUAUUGGUAUUUUAUAUAUAAAUAUAUAUACAUAUAUUUUUAUUUCUUUUUUUUUUUUUUAAAGGGGGUGUCUUAACACUUUUGCAAUGUAUAGUAAAACAAAUUAAUAAUUCCACUUCUGUUGUAAUUCCUGUGUUCAGCAUUGUAGUCGAACUCAGUAGUGUGUCCAGUAUUGCUUUUUUUAAGAAGAAAAAAUGCAAAAGACAAGCCUCUCCGGGGGAAAAUAUUGUGAAAUGGCUUCUGUGGACAAUACCUCAAGAUAUUCUGCUCCACUUUAUGCUAGGUUCUUAUAAGUGCCAUAAAGAAAACUGGGUCAUGCGGUCAAGAAAUGGUCUUCCUCCUUGGGUUCAGUGCCACCUAGUGGCUGCAUGGUGUAAUUAUACACAGAACUCUUUCUUUGAGUUCAGGCUUAGCCGAGACAUGAUUGAUUGUCCCUUUUGGAACUCACUGGCAUAUGUAAGUCAAUGCCUACACUUAUUGACAGCUUUACAAAUACAAACUGAAUGGUGAAGAUGGGUCAAGCAUAACAUUCACAGAACCGAUCUGCUGACAAUCAGGAAAAGCAUCCACCCACUAGCCAUAUUUGUACCCUCACAGAAAGGCUCAGCCCGAGAAAGCUUGCGUUUCUCAGAUGCUGGGAAUCAGGCUUGAAACCUGGCGUGUUUUUCACCCCAUAAAAAGGAAGCUGCUGUACCAUUGAAAACAAGCAGACAGCCACAGCUACAUCUGUGAGGUUCGUAUUUCUCAAGAAGCUACCAAUGUUAAUGUUCUCAGAAAAGGUCCACUCAUUAACCGGUGCGAGGCCGCUAAGGCAGUCAAAGGCUAGAAAAAGUACAGACAUCUGUCAUACAAGGUGGGGCUUCGUAAAUUUCCUUCAAUUCACCUUCACGUGUGGCUAUAGAUGAAGACACCUGUAAGUAAAGCUGUCCAGGAGGAGUCUUUUUUUUGCACACCCAUGGUGAAUGUCAUCUUUGAUCUUGAUGUCCAACAGUGAACUCCCACAGUAUAUGCUCAAGCAGUGUUUCUUAAACUAUUUUUUUAUUAUCCUCAAGACCCAAUCUGUGACGACCAUCAGUUUUGGUCCCUCUUUGAGAAUCACCAACCACGGUCAUAGCAGAUUAGUGUCGAUUGCUUGACCUGCCUGAGGUGAUCCACCGCCAGACACUUCACAAAAUAUUCGAAAGCCUUUCCCAUUGAAUACGACAGUGACGCACGACCCAAAAGGAGGCAACCUGCGACCCAAAAUCAGUCAAGCCCCAUAGUUUAAGAACCAAAGCCCUAAAGGAUCAAUUCGUCACACAUCCUGAAAUGUUAAGAAGCUCCACCUCAAGGGUGACCAACUAACCAAGGCUCUCUAAAAGCUGAGGAUGCUCUAAAAAUCGAUGCCAUUGGCAUAAAAGCCCACACCGUAAAAACUGAACACAUCAUUUCAGAUAGGACAUACCCAUCAAUCAUUUCCAAGGAGCACAACAUGCUAUAGCUGAUAGUUUUAAGAUCACUGUGUUGUCACUUGUGUGUAUAUACACUGAUGAGCCAAAACUUACGGACCACCUGUUUAAUAUGCUGUUGCUCAUGUGCCGACCUGCCAAGUUCUGGACUCCAGAAGACCUCUGAAGGUGUUGCAAAGAUAUCAGCAGCAGAUCCUCUAACUCCUGUAAAUUGUAAUGUGGAGUUCCAAAACAUUCCACAGAUGCUGCACUGGAGAUUUAGGAGGCCUUGAACUCUUCAUCAUGUUCCUCAAACCAUUCUCAAUACAGUUCACAGUGUGUGGCUGGACGCAUUAUUCUGCUGAAAAACGGCAUUUCCAUCUGGGAAUAUGGCUGCCAUAAAGGGGUCUCCAGCGAUGUAUAGGUAGCUGACGUCCACCUCAAUGCCUGGACCCAGGGUUUCCCUAACAGAACAUUGCCAAAGGCAUCACCCUCCCUCCACCGCCUAACUCCCACAGUGCAUCCUGGUGCCAUCUCUUCUCCAUGUAAAUGACAAACAUGAAAAUGUGAUUCUUUGAACCAAGUGACCUUCUUCCUUUAAUCCGAGGUCCAGUUACAAUGUCUGCGUGCCCAUUGUAGGUGCUUUAGAUAAUGAACGGGGGCUAGCAUGGACACUCUGACUGGCCUGCGGCUAUACAGUCCCAUAUCCUUAUGGUUCAAUGUUCAGUGUCUCAUGACACAUAACUCCCAUAACCAUCAAUAAAAUGAUCUGCGAUAUGUGCCCGAGUAGGCCUUCUUUUGGUACGUACCUGAUGGGAUAGCCUUCAUUGACCUCUGGAAUCAAUGAAUCCUGGCCACCCAAGGCCAUGUUGCCAGUUUGUGGGUUAUUUUUUUUUUUUUCUCUCUCUCAGACCAAUGACUCACCAUUGCUGAUCUACACCACCACUUGGUAUUUGGGAAAUGCUCCGACUGUAACAAUUUGCACCUUGUCAACGUCCUUCAGGUCUUUACAUCAACCACGCACUCCUCAUAUCAGCUUACCAUCUAUUACAUCCCUGAUCUUGACAUGCGGCUGUUAUUAAGAGAUACAUAACAUCACUUGCUUCCUACAGGAGUGUUGGUGAUGCUUUGGCUCAUCAGUGUAUAAAUGUAUGGACAUUUUUAAAGUAGAAUGCAAUACAAGAUGCAUCUCCUCAUAGAUGAGUAAAUGCCUAACAGGCAGGCCUACCAAUCACAUACCAUGACCCACCUUCCCUUGUAUACUCCGGUCAGUACCCUAAUGAUGUCCAGGCUGUCAUCAUUGUCACAUAAAGGGUCAUCAAACAGUUUUGGAAAUCAUUUUCUUUGUUUUAGGUGAGGCUCAGAGGUCUUAAGGCAGGACACACACACUCACACACAAAAGGCACAUACAAUCAUUUUUCGAAUUUUGUCAGGUUAAGCUUCUAGGAAAACUCUCUUAAUGGUUGACAUGACUUUUCCCAAAAGUUGUGUGCUCUAGAGCUCUUGCAGAUAGAGGCCCUUGCUUUCACCAUCUACAUCUGAUUCACCGUGUGACGCGUGUAGCAAAGCUGCAUGGCUUAAUCUAAGCCAGCUAACGUAUACCGCUGAGCCUACAUUUAAAUGUUGUACUUUCUAUUUCAAUAAACUUUUCUGCAGUGCCUUCGCCCACCCCCUCUCUGCCUCAUACCCAGCAACAGAAGAGCCAACAAGAGUCCAGGGGGCUGCUUUCAAGCUCUCAGAGCGUCUGGAAAUGCUUUCUGCUCACAAGAACAAUUCUCCAGCCUUCAACGCCUGUGUGGGCCGCAUUUUUAAGAAAAUGUAUUUCUCCCAGGCAAGGGCAGUCUUUUGGGUCGUACUUAUUUAUUUAUUUUUGUUUCUCCUUGAAAUGUAGUGCCAGGCGUUGUUAUUUUAACUGAAACUACUGGCAUAUUUUCACAACCAAUGUAAUAAGUAAAAACAAAGUCUUUUGUCUGUUCAGCCAUUAGCUUCUACAGUAAAAGACUGGGUCAGCACAUAAAGGACAUGUUUAUCUUCCAUCCACCCAGUAAGAACCAUCACAACUCUGACAGCACCCACCACUCCGGCUCUUGCCACCCACUUUGAGGGGGUCCUCCAGUCUGAAAGUCUGAGCUAAUCCAUACUUGACAUGUACUCCAAAAGCACAUCUCAGCACAAUGGGUCAAUAUAUUAAGAACCAAAAGACUGUGCAAAAAAUACCUUAAGAUUAACAUUCAUGUGGAUCAGGGGUGUCAAACCCGGACCUGGGGUCCCGGUUUUCAUUCUGGACACUCUCUCAAUUAGCAACCACUCAUGGCUGCUAACAACCUGCUUGCUCUAUCUUCGCUCAAACAUUUCAAGAUUCAGUAGUAAAGAGAGCCAAAAGAUCUUUGCUCACUUUCAGGAAUAGGCCACCCAUUUCUCUGCUAGAGGCCAAAUCGUAUUGUUAAUAAAAACCUGUCGUUUGAUUCUAUAGCUUGUUGGUUCUCGAGUUCACCCACAUGAGACAUUUCCACAGCAGCUCAUUUUUAUUUUUCUGAAUACAUCCCCUCAAACAUGUUUUUUUUUUGUGAAUCAGAAUGGAUCAAUAGUUCUCAGACAUUCACUUUGUUCUUUUAAAAUAUUUUAUCAAAACAGAUGUUGUAUAAUGGUCAUGUAGGCAGGCCUAUCAAUGGGACAGUGCUAGUUAGUCUCCUAUAUAAGGAUCUUCAGUUAUAUAGAUCACUUAAAUCUUCAUAUGGAUCAUAUAUAUUGAUGAUCAGUGAGCUGGUCAUCUACAUGUAUGCAGGCCUACCAGUGGGAUUGAGUUAGCUGGUCAUCAAUGUGUAGAUCAUCAGAUACACACAUCACAUGGAUCAGUUACAUAGAUAGCCAGCUACAGCGAUCAUCAGUUAGUUGGUCAUCUACAUGUAGGCAAGCCUAAGGAAGGGAUUUAGUGAUCUGGUCACCUACAUAUACAUCACUUAUACUAUCAUAUAGAUCAGCAGUUAGCCACUCACAUAGAUCAACUUAGCUCAUCAUAUAGAUCAGUUAUAGAUCAUUAAAUAGAUCAUAAGUUGGCUGGUCAUCUACAUAUAGGCAGGCCUACAAAUGGGAUUGAGGUUACUGGCCAUCUAUACAUAGAUCAUCAUAUGGAUCAGUUAUGGAUUAUUGCAUAGGUCACCAGUUAUCUGGUCAUCUACAUAUAGGCAGGCCUAUAGAUGGGGUUGAGGCUGUUGGUCAUCUACAUAUAGAUCAUCCAUUUAAAUCAGUUUAAUUCAUCAUUUAAACCACACUAUGGAUCAGUUAUGGAUUACUGUAUAGAUAAUCAGUUACAUAAAUUCAUCAGUUAGCUGGUCAUCAAAAUGAAGUGCGGCCUACCAAUGGGAUUGAGGUUGCUGGUCAUCUACACAAAGAUCACCAGUUAUAGGUCAUGCAGAUGAUCAGUUCUGUAGAUCAUUGCUUAGCUGGUCAUCUACAUUUAGGUAGGGAUUACAAAUGGGAAGGAAUUAGCUGGUCAGCUGUUGGCUUUCCUUUUCAUCAUUUAGAUCAUCAUAUGGAUCAGUUAUAUAGAUCAUCAGUUAGAGGGUCAUAUACAUAAAGGUAAGCCUGUAGAUGCGAUUGAUUUAGCUAGUCACCUAUAUAUAGAUCUCCAGUUAUAUAGAUCAUCACAUAGAUCAGCAGCUAGCCAGUCACUUAGAUCAAUGAAGCUCAUCAUGGAAAUCAGCCAUAGGUCAUUAUAUCGAUCAUCAUUUAGCUGGUCAUCUACAUACAAAUAGACCUGGAGAUGGGGACAAGUAAACUGGUCAUCACUAUAUAGAUUGUCCGUUACAAAUAUUACUUAGAUCAGUUUAGCUCAUCAUUUAGAUCAUCAUAUGGAUUAUUAGACAGAUAAUCAGUUAAAUAGAUCAUCAGUUAGCUAGUCAUCUACAUAUAGGCAAGCACACUUGAAUUGAGGCUGCUGGCCAUCUAAAUAUAGUUCAUCAUUUAAAUCAAUUUAGUUCAUCAUUUAGAUCAUUGUAUAAAUCGGAUACAGUAAAGAUCAUUAUGUAGAUGAUCAGUCAUACAGAACUUUAGCCUCAUGGAUUCCACGUUCAAGGUUCAAAUCCAUCACCAGGUCCUGAGGAAUUUGCAUCUUCUCCCCAACAGGUAUUCCAGUUUCCCUUCCCCACAGCUGAAGACAUGCUGUGUUAUGUUAACUGGCUUGCGUAACAAGCUUGAUACCCACCUCGUGCCUAAUGCUACCCAAAAAGGCUUUGGUUCUCCAAUGACACUGAACUGGAUUAAACACAUUUGAGAACAUCACAUUAGCAAUGAGGAAACAUUCAUUUGAGCAGAGUGCAUUGUGAGAGAAAAAAUGGGGAAAAAAAAGAAAAACCUCCUUUUUACAAUAUGGGUGGCUUUAUAGGGCGAUUCCAAAUCAUGAAAAAAAAAAACACCAGCAUUCUAAUGGGAUAAUAAUUUAAAAUAACCCCUCUGCCCACCCAGCACACCAAACUAAACACAAAUUCAUCCAUUCAUUUGCAGAGCACAUAUGGCAGUGAGGGAGGAUUACCGUGACAAAGUUGGGAAGAACUAAAAGCCGUAAAUGUGGGCAGAAUGUCCAGCAGGUUUAAAACUUCCAUUGUCUCCAUUCGCCCGUCUGCACCGUCAUCUCCACGUCAGGUACAACCAGCAGUUUAACCCGCAUGGGACCAGCCGGUGAAGCAACUGCCCAAGCCGCAUGGACCCCCUUCUUGCCGCCAUGACUCCAGUAGCACCGUUAGCUGCUUCUGUGUGACUGCUUAACGUUAAGGAAGACAAAGCAAAUCCUUUGUAUUUAUACCGGGGACAUGUAGAGAUAUUUGGGGUGGGUGGGUUCUUCUAAUUUAUAUAGAUGUGGUGCCGCUGCAGGAAAGAGUCUCGACCUUUCAUUUCCUCUAAUAAAAAGUAUUUCCAAUGAACUAAUCUUUGUUUUGAUACACAGACCUGUAUGACGUUUUCUUUUCUGUUCAUACAUUGAAUUGUAAAUGUUUAGUUGUGGCCUGUGCAUAAUUCUGCAAUGUUUCUUUACAAUGCAUACUAAUAUAUUAUGGUUAUUAUAUAUGAAUAUAUUUAAUGACACAUGAAACAUUGUGGGUUUGUUUUGUCUUUGUUUUUGUUUUAUAGAUGGCUAUGGUUAAAUGAGGAAAAAGAUAAAUAAACUGUAACUACUGAGCACCUACCUGGUAGAACUAAAUUCAAAAUUCAGUUUAAUAAACGCCUGUAAACUUCA